UGUAUGUAUGGUUGCAUAUGUAUAACAGCGACUGAUUUCAGAAUGGCGACUGACUCUAGUUAGGAGAAUACUUGUUCUUGCUAGUUGAAAUUCGUGUGAUUAACGCGUGCAUAUAAAACUGUCUAUGUGCUCUCAACGUGGAACUUGUUAAAAAUGAUAAUCGACAAUCCAGAUCAAUUUAAGGCGUGGCUUACCGCUGUCUUGGAACCGCUAUGUGACGCAGAUCCUGCUGCUUUGGCUAAAUAUGUCUAUGCAUUAGCUAAGAAGGAUAAAACUUUGGAAGAGUUACGUGGUGACAUGCUUGAGCAAUUGGAUGUUUUUCUACAACAAGAAACCAAAAAUUUCGUUGAAUUACUUUUUAAAACAUUGGAAACUCAAGAGUACAUACUUCCACUCUCCAAAAGUGAGCCUGAUAGUGGUGGGACACCACCUGGCAUAAAUCCACCAGCACCAGUUUUAUCAACAGAAAAAAUGAUUGAUACAGCAAUUCAGCUGGUACCUAUGAUCACGAAUCCUUCUGCUCCACUUCAAAUUAAUGGAUCUGCACCUACUGUAGGUAAUAAGCGCGAAGCUAGAAAAUCCGAUUCAGAUAAGGUCGACAAAGAAAAGGAAAAACGUUCUCGAAGCAGAAGUGGCAGAAUGAGAUCAAGGACACGAUCACGAUCACGAUCUUGGGAAAGGGAUAGACGUAGAUCCAGAAGUAGAGAACAUAUUCGACGUGACAGAGAAAGAGACAGAAGUCGACCAUGGAGAAAUGAAUCUCCACCAAUUAGUACCAGACGACAUGAUCGCAGACGUACAAGAAGUCGCAGUACAUCACCUAUACGGUCCAGAAUACGAGAUGGUCCAGAUAAUCGUGAUCAUCGAGCAAGGUUUAGGAAUAGGUCUCCUACUCCACUUCGAUCUCAUUCACGUUCAAGAUCAAUAGAGCGGAAAAAAAUAAUGGACCAUUUUGAGAGGAUGGAAAUAGAUAGAACGGAUCGAAUUGAAGGAAGCCCCGGUGGCGGUACUCCAACCCAAGAUAGUAAUCACGGGGAUGUAGAUAUGAGGUUGUCUACGACUAGUCAAUCAAUACAAAGUGUUGUGGCUGUUGCAAGUAAUAUUCCAAAUAACCAGACAGGAUCUUUUCAAACGAAGAGACGUUGCAGAGAUUUUGAUGAAAAAGGCUAUUGUAUGAGAGGAGAUCUUUGUCCUUAUGAUCAUGGUACUGACCCAGUGGUCUUGGAAGAUGUGGCGCUAAGUCGGGUUUUAACUUUUGGGCCACAUAAUGCUCAAACCCCAGGGACAGUUCCAGUGACUACGGUACCAGAACCAUCACAGGGUCCAAAUGGUAAUGCGCCACCGCCACAUCUUCCUCUUAGCAAUCUACCACCACCUCACUUAAGAAAUCAUCAUUCUAAUAUGGAUGCUUUUGCAGAAUAUAAUCCGGAUGCGCCCAGCAUGGAACCACGUAUACAGUGGGGUAGACAUCCACAAUCUGGACCUGGGAUUUAUGGCAGAGGACAAAGGGAACUGAUCAGUGUGCCAGUUAUUCCACACACAAAUUCUUCAGAAAUAACUCAUACUCAAAGCAAUCCUUUAAAGCGCAAACAAGCAUUUGAUUUUAAUCGCCUAGGGCCAAAGCAAAGAGUAGUACAUAACCCGGCCAACUGUUCUCUUGAGCUAAAAAAAGUUCCACGAAGUUUAAACAAUAUAACCCAAUUGAAUAAUCAUUUUUCUAAAUUUGGUAAAAUUGUAAAUAUUCAAGUUAAUUUUGGUGGAGAUCCUGAGGCGGCAUUGGUUACCUUCCAACUGCCAGCAGAAGCAAAAGCUGCUUAUAGAAGUACAGAGGCUGUGUUGAACAAUAGAUUUAUUAAAGUAUUUUGGCAUAACAGUAUCAAUAAUAAUACGGCUGCUGGAGCUAUCGAAAAUGUACCACCAGGAUGUCGUCCUUCAGUGAAAGAAAGGCUAGGUGCUGCUGUGACAUUACCACCAACUAAAACUGAAGAUAACGAAUAUGUUCCCACACGCCGUUCUAGUGAGGAACAAGUUACGCAAACUUUAAUUCCAACUUCACCUAAAACCAUCGUUGUUUCUACUAGAGAAGAUAAAGUUCUUGCAAUAAAGAAAACACAAGAGAUAUUAGCAGCUAAAGAGACAUUAAAGAAAAAACAAGAAGAGAAGCGUAAAGAAGCGUUGAAACUUACCGCCGAUUUACGCAAAAGGAAACAAGAAUUGUUAGAUAAACAUCUCAUUGAGUUACGUGCCUUGAUCGACAAGGCCGAAAAGAACCCAGAGCAAAAAGAAUCGAUCAUGCCAACGAUAAAAGCUAUGCAGCAAUCUGUCGAUAAUUUGCGCAAGGAUUUAGCCGCAAACGGCCAAAUCAACAGUAGUAAGCCACAAGUGAAAUCUAGAGAGCAAACUCAGAAAGAAAUAUUAGAUGCUGAAUUAGAUUUAAUGACAGCGCAACAAGAAGGUCAAGAUGCUGGAGAAUUACAGAAGAGACUAAAUGAAUUGCGAGCUCAAGCGGCUGUAUUAGGUUUGAAUACAAAUUCUGGCGUUAAUAGAGGCAUGAGAGCUAAUAGAGUGACACGUGGUGCACAUAUGCUGUACAGAGGUCGCGGUAGAGGAAGUUUCACUCAUGUCUCAGUUGAUCAUCGACCAACAAGUCUUCUAGUCUCCGGAUACGAAACUGAGGAAAAAACAGAAGUCUUAGCACAUUUUCAACAAUUUGGUGAAAUAGUAAAUCAAAUAGUAGACGAUGCAACUCCUUCGAUUGUGAUCAAUUUCAAAUCAAGGAAAGAAGCAGAAGUUGCUCUAAUAAAAGGACGCACAUUUCAAGAUAGACUGUUGUCAAUAACUUGGGUAUCCGGACAUCAUUUACAUCGUGGAGGAGCUGGUAGUAACUCAAAUGCACCUAUACAACUUUCAUCGCAUUCUGAACAAGCUGCACCUACAAUAGACGAUGAUAUCGAUUUAGAAGGCGUUACAGCAGAGGCGUUACUUCUAGAGGAAAAUGAGGAAGAAGAGGAUGAAGAUGGAGAACCGCGCAGCUGGCGACGAUAGCAGCGUCAGCAACAGUGUCAUCGCCGUUCGUGACAGGGAUUUGAGAGUAUCUACAAACGUUACGACAGCGUGAUCAUCCGGGCCGACCGUACUUUGUUCGGCAUUUACGCCUACAUUGCUGCACUGCAGUUUGAUGCAUUCAAUACCGUGAUUUUCACAAAGAAGUCGGAUUAUGUGCUCAUCAGCAUUAUUUUGAGUGUUACACUGUAUUUGUUAAUAUUAUCAAACACACACACACACUUGUACGCAUACGCGCGCGCGUGCGCGUGUUGCGUUUGUGUGUGUAUGUACGCGCGCGCGUGUGUAUGCACCGUGUAUGAUAUGAACUCGGUGUAUUGUAUUGAAGAAAGAUACAGUAACGAAUAGAAAAAAGAAAACCGACGAUAAGCAAGAUUCCAAAAAAUAACUAACCAGAAUUUAUCCCAUUAUUUGUAGAAUAAAAUCGCUAUGUUUUGUAUGAGAAAG